CCCACUCAUGCCGUGUAAUUCUGGUAAAGUGGCAGCUGGAGGUUAGUCAUCGCAAUCUGGACACAACCGUGCUCGCAUUGGUUUUCACAUAUCUCCAAGAGACACUUGGCAGAGAUUGACGAUGGUAUGAAAAGUAUUAUUGUGGGAUAUAUGUACGCUAUGAACAUCCAGGCGCGCUCAGCCAGGCAACAUGUUGAGACAUUCAUCUUGGGCUCAUCUUAGCGAGCUCUCACUCGCGCUGGCCUGUCGCGUAGCGGGGAACUGGCGCUCCAGCUGCCCGCAAGCCCGAGCCCUGACCCUGGGCACGGCUCUGCAGCUGGGGACGCCCUGGGGUCAGCCCUGGUAACGGCCUCAAACGAGCGUGCUCCAGGACGACGCACGCGCCCCAGAACGCGGGCUUGAUGUCAUCACAGCCCAUCCAUCUAGGGUAUCACAGCCUAACCUGUCCCUCGAUCAACAUGACUGCCUCUUGCGUAACCACCAACUAAGUCGCGGUAAUUCUACGAGACCGACGACAGAUGCCGCAGCGUCGCAUCGAGUGUCCUGCCGUCCAUGGUUCAGCAAUGUGCCAGCCUUAGCCAACUACCCUGCUGUUCUGGGAAGACGUGCGCCACCAGCUGGACAAACUCCGUCUCCCCUUGACGCGGGAACCCCGGAAUAGCACCAACACCAACAGCCAGCCGCGACUCCCUCCCACAGAGCCAGCCAUUGGGCGACGACACAGACAUCUUCCCUGAGAGACACCACACCGACCAAGCGGCCAUGGCGACGGCCGCCAUCAUGCGGCGGCUGCCGUUCGCCGAGUCGACGACGACGCUGCAGGCGGCCACGUACUUACUCGGCAUCUCGCUCUUCUCCAUCUCCUUCCUCGUCUUCCUCAACAGCAGCGUCUCCUUUGUCAUCACCGACCUGAUCGGAGUCAAGCACGGCGUCGGCGACGUCGUCGGCACACUCGGCUUCGUCGACGAGCUCGUCGCCCUGGCCGCCUGCCCGCUCUGGGGCCUCGCCUCGGACCGCCUCGGCGUGCGCAACGUCGCCGUCCUGGGCUACGCCAUCAUCGCCCUCUCGCUCGCCCUCUUUGUCCAGGCCACAAAUGUCUACCCCCAGCUGCUGCUGGCCCGGGUCCUGUUUGCCGUUGGCGCCACCGCCACCGCCACCAUGGUCACCGCCCUCCUGCCGCCCCUGACGGACGAGUCCGACGCGUCCUACAGCCGAGAGUCCCCGACCAAGCCGUCGCACACGUCGCGCAACAGCGUCGCCCUGUCGCUCGAGUCGCAGGAGUCGCAGCUCACCAUAACGCCGGGCCGCUUCGCCGCGCAGGAGGAGGCUGACGAGGACGCGGCCGGGGCCCUCUCGGCCGCCGACAGGGGCGAGGCAGCCAAACCGUCGGUGCUGGCCGGGCUCGUCGGGGUCUUCACGGGCUGCGGCGCCCUGGUGGCCCUGCUGCUGUUCCUGCCGCUGCCCGUGCGCUUCGGCCGCGCAGAGGGCACCACGUCGGCCCAGGCCGUCGAGUACUCCUUUUACGUCGUCGCCGCCGUCGCCUGCUGCGUCGCCGUCUUUGUCUUUUACGGCCUACGCGGCAUCAAGGGCGAGGAGGGCAAGGGCUGGAGGCUGCUGCUUGGCCUUGCAGAGGAGCCCAGGGAGGACGAGGUGGAGGGUCUGCGCCAGCACAACUCGAGUGUACCUUCGGUUAGAGAUAGAUAUCUCCCCUACGGCCGGCUCCUCAAGGACUCAGUCCGGCUCGGCUUCACGGACCCGCAGAUCGGGCUGGGCUACCUGGGCGGCUUCGUGGCGCGCGCGUCAACGGUGGCCAUCUCGCUCUUCAUCCCGCUCUUCGUCAACACCUACUUCAUCCGCAACGGCUUCUGCCAGGGCUCGCCGCACGACCCGUCCCCGGAGCUCAAGAAGGAGUGCCGCGCCGCCUACGUGCUGGCCUCGAUCCUCACGGGCGUCGCCCAGCUGUUCGGCCUCUUGUGCGCCCCCGUCUUCGGCCACCUGGCCAGCCGCGCCAGCCGCGCCGUCAACGUGCCCGUCGUCGCCGCCACGUCCCUCGGCAUCGUCGGCUACCUCGCCUUCCCGAGCCUGCCGUCGCCCGAGCUCAGCGACGUCGACGGCCGCGGCGGCGGGCCCGCCGUCCUGCUCGCCGUCGUGCUCGUCGGCGUCAGCCAGAUCGGCUCCAUCGUCUGCAGCCUCGGCUCGCUGGGCCGGGGCGUGCUGACGGUCGACGUGCCCGAGUCGGCGACGCACGCAAACGGCGGGGCAGAGCGGCAACGUCAGCAGGGAGCCGGAGACGAGACUUCGCCGCUGCUGCCUGCCGACGACGCGCCCCCCGCUGCUGCUACUGCUGCCGCCACGACGGUCUCGCGGGUGCGCCUCAAGGGCUCCAUCGCCGGCGUCUACAGCUGGUACGGCGGCGCCGCCAUCCUGCUACUGACCAAGCUGGGCGGCUACCUGUUUGACGAGUGGUCGACGGGCGCGCCCUUCUACAUGAUGGCCGCCUUCAACGCCGUGCUUCUCGUGGCCGCCCUCGCCGUGGACGCGGGCCGGUUCUACAACAGCUGCGGCAUGGCGGGCACGGCAGGGGCCUCGAGGUCGGACAGACGGUGAGCCGUGCCGUUCGUUCAUGGGUUAUCAGUUUGGGUGGUUGGUUAGCAAAAUGGGGAGGAAAAAAAAGGAUAGCCAAGGUGCCAACAGCACAUGUGUAUUUGUAAAGAGAAAUAGAUACUCGUUAUCUGACAUGUCCACCAGAAAGACUACAUUAAUAAGACGCAGUAAACUAUCAGAAACGGAAAGGGAAAACAGAGUCAAGCUAGCAGAUUACGCCCAGUAUUAAAGGUUGCAUUUUUGUAUAUUAUAAGUUGAACUUUUUCCUAUAUAUGACGAGGAAGUUUUUUGUGGCAUGUUUCAAAC